GUUAUCAUCUGCGGAAACCCAUCAAAAGCCAAUAAUUCGUUCAAUGCCUUGGAACCAUUCAAGAUGGAAUAGAAACAGUGCGAACCCCCAAGAUGGCACUGCAAAUUAUGAGUUAGUAGAAAGAGUGAUGUUUACAGCAUCAGGUGUAAUUUUAUGGGAGAUAUCAAGUGGUCGUUACAUCGAGGCGAAAACUGCGACACUUUUUGGUAGAGAUUCACAGAAACAAUUUAAAUUUUAUGUCGGUAAAAUAAAUCAUGCUAAUGCUGAAAAAAUAGUAGCUCAUGGCCAACUUAAAAACCCUUUAGAUUCAUUUGUUGGCAAUUAU